AUGAGCUUGCACCUGGCCGAGUGGCCGGAGACCGAAAAGUCUGUGUCACUCACUCUCGAAUUCAACGACUGGAACGGACGAACAGAUACGUGCGAACUGAGCGUACACAUAGACGACGAGCGAAAUAUGGUUGAUUUGAAGCGGUUCUGGGAACAGCAGUUCUUUGACAUCUGGGAGAAGGUUUUCGGGUAUGGUCGUGAAAGGUUCGACUAG